AUGCAUAAUAAUAAUAAUAAUAAUACUGAAGAACUUAUUACAUAUCUUCUUCAAUAUGGAAUAUCUAACAGAAUGAUUGCCAUUGUUGAAAAACAACAUAUCUAUGAUGAAGAUUUACUGAUAAUGGAUCGUGAUGACGUCGAACAUUUAUUUAAAAAUGAGUAUGGUUUUACAUUUCGUGAUCGUAAACAAUUUUGGAAAAUAUUACAAAAAAUUCAAUCAAAUCAAAAUUCUAAUGUAGAACAUGAACAAAUUAUUCAUUCAUCGGCAAUUCUUGAACAUAUCUACGGAUUUGCGGAUGAAGACAAUGACAAUAAUGAUUUAGAAGAACAACAAUCUAUUACAUCUCCAUCACCAAAUACAAAUCGACAAUCAACUAUUAUUAAUUUUUUUGAUAAUAAAACAUCGAAUGAUAAUAGUAACAAUUCAAAUUCUUCAUCAUAUAUUUCAGAAUUAUCAUUAUCAUCUGAUUAUGUAUUUACAUAUCCAAGUUUAUUACCAUGUUUUUCUGCUAAUAUUAUAGAAGCACUUAAAACAAAUACAAUUCACACACAUUGGACACUUUUUAUUAAUGAACUUGCUCGUUGGGUUAUGUCAAUAAAACCAUAUCUUCGUGAACAACAUGAAUAUCAAGCUAUUGGACAAACAUUAUAUGAAAAAUAUCCUAGUAUAGGUACAACUGGUCCAAAACCUUGGUCAUUUUUAUGUCGAAGUCUUAGUCAACGAAUUCGAACAGAAAGAUGGCAAAGACGAAAGACACUUGCAGCAAGAAAACAAAAAGAAAAUGAAAUACAAGAAAAUUGA